CAGUAUUUAUUAUGGCUGUCGAGUGCAAAAAAAUGUGGGUUGUCUUUUUGUUUUAACAUUAUUUAGCCGACAGAGUGAAGGUGAAAAAUGAUUCGAUCAAUGACCUAUGCCGUGUGGAGGGGAAUGAACAGCCCUCUAAGAGGCAACCUCACAGGUCCAUCUACCAAGGCUUUAAGAUGCCUUCACACCUCUGUCACAAAACCAUCCGAAGCAGCACUGGAACGAGAAACCGAAAGCCAACCAACCAACGAACGUCUGUCGGAAAACGAUGAUGUGUCGCCGAACUUCUUGAACCGUAAUCCACGCAACCUAGAGAGAAUGGGAGUGGCUAGACGAGAUAAGGGCUGGGGCCAGAGCCAUCCUCGCAGAAGUUACUGGCAUAAGUUACACUUUGAAAAGUCAAACAGACACAUCAAAGCCUACGUCCAGCACUACAACGGCAGUGUAGUCGUCAGUGCCUCCACCAAAGAAUGGGCCAUCAAGAAGUGCGUGUACAGCACAUCUGAUGUUGCCGCAGCAGAGAACAUCGGUCGCAUCCUAGCCCUGAGGUGCCUGGAGUGUGGUAUCGGCAACCUCCAUUGGAACAUCGAUGAGGAGAUGCUACAGUUUGAGAGGAUAGAAGCAUUCGUAAAGGCCAUGGAAGAUGGUGGGAUCAUUCUCUCUGAACCUGAGGAAGUUUUUGACUUCAGAAAACCCAUCGAUUACUUCCCUGAAGAAUACUGAGUGAAUUUUUUUUUUGGUAAAGGAAAAUAGAAGCCUUUGGUCCAAACUCUAUUUAUGGAUUCCAAUUAUUCGUCGUAUUCAAAAUGAUUAACACAUAACUGAUCCAAAUGGUUUCGUUGAUACUUAAUUGUUUGGUUUCUGUUUGUGACAGUUGGAGGAUUUCUGGUUUAUUUUCUGAUUGUAAUUCGUUAUCUACGUCGGGUUUGUCUAUUCUUGAUUUAAAUGUCAAUUAAUUUCUGAUACCUGUGCAAGACCGGGUCCCAGUGUCGGCAGGGGGUAUUUUGAAGGUAUUGUUACUAGUUACUCAUUUCCAGUAAGUCAUGCAGUUUUGGGUGCUUUUAGCAUAUAUAAUUUGGUUUCUGUUUAUGACAGUUUUAUUUUCUGAUUAUUAUGUGUUAACUGCGUCAUUGAAGUACGUCGGUUAUGUCUAUUCUUGAUUUAAAUGUCAAUUAAUUUCUGAUACCUGUCCAAAACCGGGGCCCUGUGUCACCAGGGGGUAUUUUGAAGGUAUUUUUGCCAGUAACUCCUCUCCGGUAAGCCAUGCAGUUUUUGGUGCUUUUAGCAUAUUAUUUUCGUGUUUUUCGCCUUUAUUGGGCCCUACUCUAUUCUUGAAGUCAAGACGGUAAUUGUUAAGCGUGGUGUGUAGUUACAGCGCGGUGUAGCUACGGGGAUGAUACACACCCCCCUUGAUCCCAGUAUGUGUGUGUGAGUCAGUCGCAAUUCUGCCACGCGCUACCUACGACUGUUGCGUGUGUAUAAUUGCACUGUGACUGUUGCAUGUACGGCAGACAAAUAGGCAGCGCCUAACGACUUGUCUUUAAGUCUAGCCCUACUCUGACACAUGAAAGAUUAGACAACCUGAUAUUGAUAGCAUUUUUAUUUUUCGUUGGGUUUGGAUGGUUUGGGUUAGGGUAGCCUCACCGUUGUAACUUUUAGAGGCACUGGACACUAUUGGUAAAAACUGACUUAGUAACGAGCAAUAGAGAGCUGUUGAUAGUUUAAAACAUU